AUGUCGAAGAACAACACGCCCAACCCGGUUGCGUACACCUACGGGGCCCCAAACACCGGCUCGACAGCGCAUUCGGUUCCAUACCCAGAACCGAUCUCAGCAGUACAACACCACAUCGCCGGGCUCUUAGUGACAGUAUUCGGCCUCAACGAACUGCCGUCAUCAGCGACGGACGUCGCAGUGCUAUGGCUGCUACACCCGCGGCUCCAGACGCAAGCAUGCAUGGCGCCGUUCGCCGCACACCUGAUCACCGAAUGGAACGAGCACCGCUCCUCGAGAAACAUGCAUAGCGGAACGAGCAACAAGGGCCUGAUCGCCGUCAGUUUCGACCAGCGCAACCACGGCACACGGCAAGUCAGCGCGCUGGCCAACGAAGCGUGGCGCGGCGGCAACGAGCACCACGCCCUCGACAUGUUCAGCUGCUACGCCGGCACCGCGGCCGACACGUCCAUCCUGCUCGACUACCUGGCUGGCUACAUCUUCCCCACCAACGAGCGGCGGAUUGUGCAGAAUCUGGUGCUGGGCAUCAGCCUCGGCGGCCACGCGGCGUGGCACUGUCUGAUGCACGACUCGCGCUUCAGCGCCGCCGUCGUGACCAUCGGAUGUCCGGACUAUGCGCGGCUCAUGAGCGAUCGCGCCAGACUGAGCAAGCGCAAGGCCUGGCUGGAUACCCAGGGCAAGGAGUUCUUUGGGUCGGCUGACUUCCCGCCUUCGCUGGUCGAGGCUGUGCAGAGAUACGAUCCCGCCGGGCUGCUGUGGUCUUCUCGCAAUGGGUUGCAGAGGCAGCCUGGUCAAGAACUGUUGGAUGAUGAAGUCACGGCCGAGGAGAAGGAGAGGCUGAGGCCGCUGAUGGCUCGUUGUUUCGCUAACAAGCGUAUCCUCAAUCUCGCCGGUGGGAGCGAUAAGCUGGUCAGUUACGCCCAUAGCAAACCCUUCCUGGAUUGGUUGAAGAAAUCUAUCGGUCCGGGCGGUUGGUUCGAGGGUGCCGGGCUGUAUCUCGAAGAUAUUGUCUAUCCGGGCGUUGGCCAUGACGUGCCCCCGGCAAUGGUCACGGCCAUGGUCAAAUUCGUGAAUGAAACGCUCGAGAAUGGGCAGGACAUGACCCAUGCAAAGCUGGGCAGUAAGAUAUGA